AUGGAGAAGAGGAAAGAGUCUUUGAAUAUAGUGAAAAUGUGCCGAUUUUGCCUCACUCAAAAUGAAUCAUUAGAAAGUUUGUAUGACAGGAACCGAUCAGGAAAGAAUUCUCAUAAUCUACAUUUAAAAAUUUUAUCGUGUGUCUCUAUUGAGAUAUAUCCAUCAGACAAAAUGCCAACAUUUAUUUGUGAACGCUGUAAAUUCUUUAUGAACCUUUUCUAUGAAUAUAAACAGAUAGUUCGCCAGGCUGAUGAAACAAUCUUACAAUAUAUACAACAUAAUUCUCCAAUGGAAAUUGUUACAUGGCCCACAACCCUUUCUAAAGUAUAUCGGAAAAUGAAUGAAAUUGAUAUUGUCAAAACACUCGAAGGUGGUGCUACUGUACAAGUUUCUUCUCAUGAUAACUCAGACACUGAUGAAGAAGAUGGAAAUGUUUAUAAUAUAAAGAUUGGUGAUGGUCCUGGUAAUGAAACAAAAACUGCUUGCGUUAAAAUUAUAACAAGUAAAGACAGCAAGGAAAUGAAAGAAGUUAUUGAAGAUACUAAUAUAAGGGGUAAAGAGCAGCGUGAGAAAGACACAUCUGAAAAAGGAUUGGAAGAUGGUUGUUGGGCCUGCGAUGAGUGUGACUGCACAUAUCCUCUGCAACAAUUGCUAGAACUUCACAAAUCCCAAAAACACAGAGAGCGUACAGUGGAAUGUGAGCAAUGUGAUGCGAAAUUUUUCACAAAAUAUGAUUUAUCAACACAUGUACUGAGGCACACAGAUGAAAUGCCAUUCCAGUGUGUUGCUUGUGACAAAAAGUUCAAGCGACAUAUCCUCCUAAAACGACAUGAAAAACUCAUUCAUUCAGACUUACCCCAACAAGUAUGUCCCAAUUGUCCGGCUUCUUUCUUAUCUAUAGAAGAGUUGGAGACUCAUAAAAAGAAGCAUAUUCGCGUUCUUCGACCAUUCAUUUGCAACAUGUGUGACAAAAAAUUCCACGAAAAGUCGACACUGCAAAGACAUAUAGAUGUCGUACACAACAAAGCAGCCACUCACUGUUGCGAGUACUGCCCCGAGCGGUUUGUGUCUGUGUCCAAGUUAGCAAGACAUGUGCGGUCUCACGCGGGUGAACGCCCCUACCCAUGCAAGUUUUGUGAUAAGACCUUUACGAAAUCACAUCAUUAUACGAGGCACUUGCGUCAAACGCACCGCGAGACGAUACGCGCCGGCCGCGGGCCCUUCGGCGAGAGCGAGCAGUACCGCUGCGAGCAGUGCGGCGACGCCUUCUCCACGCAGGACGACCUCAUCUACCACUCCGCCAUACACGCCACGCAGAACCUCACGUGCCCGCUCUGCCAGGAGAAGUUCGAGGAUGUGGACGCUGUCACUGCACAUAUUAAGUCGCAUGUUAAUGGUGUAGAGUUUAUGUGUGACUACUGUGAACUGGUUUUCACUACAAAAGAAAAACUUGACAACCACCAAGUGAUAGUGCACGAAGAGGAAAUACAGAGUGAAACAUGUCCAGACGAGUCGUCAAUAGAGAUUGUGGGGGACGAUGAAGAGGAUGACAAUGGAAUAAAUGUAAAAGAAGAGGGUGAUCACAUGAUAAUCGAGAUUAAAAAAGCAGAUGAGUUUAUGAUUAACAACGCAAAAGAAGAGCCUGAAGAAAAACCCGAAGCUAUAAAUUCUGAAGAAAGCGAGGCGGAAACAACGUAUGCGGAGUUAUCGACGGUAGAUACGCUAGCGUUAGUGAAUAAAAAUCCUGUCAAAGUUGUUCAAGAAAAGCCUGCACCUGCACCUGUAAUAGUAGCACAAAAAGAACUCUCUAAACCUGUGACAGCCAAAGUUAAAGACAAUCAGACUGUCAGCAUACUUCGAAAAGCUGAAGAAGUAAAACGCAAAGUAAUAUUACAACAAACAGAUGAUGGAAAUAAUGGAAAUAAUAGUGCAGUUGAAAAGAAGAAAGUUGUAGAUGAGAAGAAAGUUCUAGAAGAGAAGAAAAAUGUAGAAGACAAAAAAGUUUCAGAAGAGAAGAAAGUUCCAGAAGAGAAGAAAUCUGUAGAAGAGAAAUCAGCCAGUAAGGUAGAAACUUCAACUAGUGGUGGAACUAGUGAUAAAUCGCUACGUUUGCUAGAAAAGGAAUUGCAAGAUCUCAAAAGAACAAAUAGCCGUAACGAAGCAACUAAAACUCCAAUAAAAGUGACUGAAACUAUUAGAAAUAAACGCCUGCAACUUCACACAUCUACGCCAAAGUUAAAAUCUGUUGAAGAAAAAAAAAUGCCUGUUCUAAACAAAUCUUACGCAGUAGACAAAAAGCUAGAAAAACGCGUCAUAACCAAAGAGAAUAAAGAACCAAAAGAAGUGAAGGAAUCUAAAAGUAGUAAUGUUAGCAAUAAAGAAGAGAAAGAUAAGGACACACCAAAGAGUGUAAUCAAAAACGGUUCAAAUAGUGAUAAGAGCAAUUCUGAUGAUGUGAUCCGUCGAUCAACGCGACCGUCUAAAAUAAAGAACUACGCAAAAAUGAUACGUGACCGAUCGCAGGUGGACUCUGACGAGGAGUCCAGUAAUGAAGAUGACGAAGAGUAUAAAACUGUGGAAACUCGUCGAGUCCAAGUUCGUCGCGUGAGUUUAUCAAAACCGGCGCCCGCGCCUGCGCCUGCCGUCGCGCCGAGGAAACGAGGGCGACCAAGAAAAGGACCCCCCAAGGAAGUUCCGGCAAAAGUACGGAAAGAAGACAAUGAAGAAGUUGAAGACGAGAAAGAAGAGAACACUACACAAGAAUCUAGUAUCAUUAAAGAAGAUAAAGUAGAAAAUGCUACCAACAAUGUUCAGAGCAUUAAUAAAACUCCAGAACCCAAAAAUCCUCCGACCGACGUUCUUGUGUCGCCGACAGGGCAAACAUUGAAAAAGGUACCUAUAAAAGCUCUGCCACCCGGCGUAAAACCUUUACCUCUACCAUUAAACGCUAGACCUAUGCCGACAGGGGAACUAUGUGAAAUGCAAAUCGGCAAGAAAGUAGUGAAAGUGCAAAAAAUAGUAAUGACAAAAGCUGAGGUUGAAGCCAUGGCUAAAAAAGGUCUCGUGGAAAUGAAGGAUGGCACGAUGGUUUUAAAGCAAGGUAUCAAGCUUCCUACUGUCGAUUCAUCAUCUAUUAAAUCAAGUUUAAUUGGAGAAGAAGUUGGAAAAGAAUCUCCUACUAAAAAAGAUAAAGCAACGCCGACACGAUGUGAUCUUGGAGAAGAUUCA